CUAGCAGCUGAUCGAUAGUGGAUAUCUUGGGUGAUCGACAAUGAAGCUGAGGACCGCUUCAAGCUGCCCGGGGGAUCCACCCGACCCAUCAAAGGAUGCUCCUCUUCCUCUCCCUCGCCGCCGCCGUCCUGUCUGCGGGCCGCGCCAUGGAGAUGAACCAGACCUCCAAGCUGCUGGCGGAGAGUUUGGAGCAGUGCUCAGCCUGCGACUUCCGUGAGCACAGCAAGCAGCUGCGGCUCCAGAGCAUCCGCUCGCAGAUCCUCAGCAUCCUGCGGCUGGAGCAGGCGCCCAACAUCAGCCGGGACAUGAUCCGCCAGCUCAUCCCCAAGGCGCCGCCUCUGACGCAGCUGCUGGACCAGUACGACCCGCGGGUGGAGGACGAGGAGCACGCUACGACCGAGACCAUCAUCACCAUGGCAACGAAGCCCAAUCCCGUCCCUGCAGAGCAGCUUUCCUCCUGCUGCCUCUUCAGCCUCAGUCCCAAGAUCCAGCCUAAGAACAUCCUGAGCGCCCAGCUGUGGGUUCACCUGCGGCCGUCCCUCGCCGUCACCACCGUCUUCCUGCAGGUGUCACGCCUCCGGCCGGCCAGGGAGGAAAACGGCACGCGGGUCCGGGUCCGCUCCCUGAAGGUGGACACAGAGGCCGGAGCCGGCUCCUGGCAGAGCGUCGACAUCAAGUCCCUGCUGCAGGCUUGGCUGCGGCAGCCGGAGAGCAGCUACGGCCUGGAGAUCAACGCCUUCAGCAACAGGGGAGAAGACCUGGCCGUCACAUCAGCAGAGCCUGGAGAGGAGGGACUGCAACCGUUCAUCGAAGUGAAGAUUCUGGACAGCUCCAAGCGUUCCCGGCGAGACUCCGGACUGGACUGCGACGAGGAAUCCUCAGAGACCCGCUGCUGCCGCUACCCGCUCACCGUCGACUUCGAGGAGUUUGGCUGGGACUGGAUCAUCGCUCCCAAACGUUACCGCGCCAACUACUGCUCAGGGGAGUGCGAGUUCCUCCACCUGCAGCAGUAUCCGCACGCACACCUGGUGAACAAAGCCAACCCGCGGGGCUCCGCCGGGCCCUGCUGCACACCCACCAAGAUGUCGCCCAUCAACAUGCUUUACUUCAACCGCAAGGAGCAAAUCAUCUACGGGAAGAUCCCGUCCAUGGUGGUGGACAACUGUGGCUGUUUGUGAAGACGAAGGUUCAUUUACCUGUUUAUGAACGAAGCGUCUGAAGGAAUGGCCGUCAUCCUGAAGACCGCCAGAAACCGUUCUCCAAACAAAACACUGUAGCUUCAAUAAAAUAACAUUUAAAGCAGAUCAAAUAUUUACAACUUCUAGUUAGGGU